AUGGGAGGUGAGGGUCCAAUAACAGAAAUGAGGAUGAAAUCCCUGCUGGACUCACUAAACAACUCCCUGAUGCAUCAGUUCAGAGAGGUAGUGGCUAACAUAACUAAAGAUAAGGCUUAUUUGGGCAAGCACAUCUCGCACAUAGAAAAUAAAAUGGCGGAUGUCAUGCAAGACAUGGAAAACAGAUUAAAAAGCCAUGAGGACAAGCUGACAGAUUUGGAGGACUGUUCAAGGAGGAAUAAUGUGCGCAUAACGGGCUUUGCGGAAUCCAUAGAAAACAAGCACCUACUACAAUACGUUACCUUAUUUACUAAACUCCUGCCAGAAGUGGACCCAGGACUCCUCAUAAUAGACCGCAUCCACAGGGUUGGUAGACUGAAACACAUACCUGAAUCAUCACUGAGAAAUGUGCUCAUGCUGAUCCAUUACUUUCAUAUUAAAGACCAAAUCAUGAAAGCCUGCUGCAAAAACCGACCACCAACCGGAAUACAAAUCUCUGCAAAUUUAUGCUGA